CCCAGAGGAUAACGGUCUGGACUAGCUUGGCCACUAACCUACUGCAAGACUCAGAGUGCUGGUCUCAGCCAUGCCAUGCAGGAGGGGAGGGGAGGGGAGGAGAAAUUAAAGUUCCUCCUGGGCAAGGUUUCUAAGUAGAAAAAGAACAUCUCAGCAUGGCUCCCCAUUCCCCGGUGUAGAAAUCAUGGCCAUGUCCAUUUUUGUUUGUAACAAAUUCCUAGAGGGAAAAUCCUGGAACAGAAAGGGAGAAAGGAGAGGAAGCGUGGCAAGGGGCACCACUGGCCCCAAAGUCUCUGGGCAUGGGGAUGUGCAUCCGAGACACCAGUUCCCAAGGACUGAGCGGCGUGGUCAAAGGGUGGGAGCGUUCUUCCAGGCCGGGGCGCAAAGAUGGGGGGCUGGCACCGGGGCCCCACUGACCCCGGCAAACCCUUUCCUUCAAGAGCUAGUCUCCGCUUCCUCCCCCGGCGCACCCUCCCCCCUCAGCCCGCCCCGUCCCCGGGGCCGGCCCAGCUCGCGCCCCUGAAGGCCGCGGGGGCGGGCGCCGGCGCCUUCCUGCGCUGCCCUUGUAUGGUGACCCGGGAGGCCGGCCCCCGGGUACUUAAGCCGCGGCGCCGCCCAGGGCGCCCAGAACACUCGUUUCGGGCAGCGCGGCCGCCGCGAGAGCCGGGAGCGCGCGGUGGAGGGGGGGCGGGGCACGAAGAAGCGCCGUGAGAGGGGCCGCCGGAGCCCGGGCCGGAGCUAUGGGGCUGGAGGCGGCGCGCGAGCUGGACUGCGCGGCGCUGGGCGCGCUGCUGCGGGAGCCGCGGGAGGCCGAGCGCACGCUGCUGCUCGACUGCCGCCCCUUCCUGGCCUUCUGCCGACGCCACGUGCGCCACGCGCGGCCCGUGCCCUGGAACGCGCUGCUGCGGCGCCGCGCUCGCGGCCCGCCCGCCGCCGCCCUCGCCUGCCUGCUGCCGGACCGCGCGCUCCGGGCGCGCCUGGCCCGCGGGGAGCUGGCCCGGGCGGUGGUGCUGGACGAGGGCAGCGCCUCGGUGGCCGAGCUCCCCGCCGACGGCCCGGCACACGCGCUGCUCGCCGCGCUGCUGCCCGAGACCCGCGCGGGGCCCACGGCCGUGUGCUUCCUGCGAGGCGGCUUCGAUGGCUUCCAGGCCUGCUGUCCCGAUCUGUGCUCCGAGUCCCCCGCCCCGGCCAUGUCGUCUGCUGGGGGCGAGAACAGCCGCUCUGACCCCAGGGCUCCCUUCUACGACCAGGGCGGCCCUGUGGAGAUCUUGCCCUACCUGUUCCUGGGCAGCUGCAGCCACUCCUCCGACCUGCGGGGGCUGCGAGCUUGUGGCAUCACCGCGGUCCUCAACGUCUCCCGCUGCCCCAACCACUUUGAGGGCCUUUUCCGCUACAAGAGCAUCCCGGUGGAGGACAACCAGAUGGUGGAGAUCAGUGCCUGGUUCCAGGAGGCCAUAAGCUUCAUUGACUCGGUGAAGAACAGUGGGGGCCGGGUACUGGUUCACUGCCAGGCGGGCAUCUCGCGCUCGGCAACCAUCUGCCUGGCUUACCUGAUACAGAGCCGCCGCGUGAGGCUGGACGAGGCCUUCGACUUUGUUAAGCAACGCCGGGGAGUCAUCUCCCCCAACUUCAGUUUCAUGGGGCAGCUGCUACAGUUUGAGACUCAGGUGCUCUGUCACUGAGGCAGGGCCGCACCAGGCUGCCCCCGCCCCCCCCCCGGGGGGGCGGGGGCACUGAUUCCCUCCAGGUCAGGGAAAGCUGCCCCUUCUCCGAAGUUUGAAAAGCCCCCAGGUGGUGGUGCUGGGAGUGCAGGAACUCUGGACUUUCUCACCUGGUGCUCUUCUGCUAGGUUUGAGGGCUGGUCCUCUUCUGGGGACCAGCAUGGAGGGCGUGUCUGCUCCCCCUCCCCCCUCUGUCUUCUGGUGGAAACUAACUGGACCGCUACACCCGUGGAUUCCCACUGGUCCCACCACCCUGUUGAAGCCCUUGGCAGCCCAAGCGCUCCAAGGAACAAGCUGUGACAACCGGGAGCCCCGUCUGGGGGGUGGUCCACUACAGGCCUGGAGCCCGCGCCUUGUGCUCCUGGGGAGCGCCGCGUCUGCUGCGUGUGGGCGUCUUGCUCACGUGCGUGCAUGUGCGUGUGUGUGUGAGCAUGUCACGCCUGUAUUGGUGCUGGAAAGUUUUUUGUGUUCAGCUGACAUUUAACACUCCCUCCCCCACUUCCUCCCAGCCCUGUGGGCGGGGGUUGGAAACUUAGCACUUUAUAUUUAUAUGGAACAUUGAGGAUGUGUCAAUAAAAUACUGUUUUGUUUAAAAAGCAACGUCUCAAGUCAGUGCCUGGGAAAAUGCUCACAAGCCGUUUCCUCAUCAGACCUCCCCUUUCCUUGGGCGGCAGUGCCUGAGGUGUGGAAGGGAGAAGGUGCUCGUGUGAGCUCCCCCGUAGGAGGGGCCCUCCCGGCCCUGGCCGCCCUGUGUCGGUGUCCUAGCCCGGCGGCCUUCCGUCUCCAGAGCUGAAAGAGGUGGUUUCUGGGAGGCUGUCUCCAAACCUCAUUCCUAUUACUGGCUUUGGGCCCUGUGGGGAGAAGCCUAUGUCCAUGGCUCAGACCCCACUUCCUUUUUGGAACACGGAUGGAUAUGUACGUGUGUGCACCUGGGUACGUGGCUGUUCCCGCGGCUGUUCCCGCGGCUUUGGGUGUCUGGUGUCCUCAGCUUGCACACACCUGCGUGUCACGCGUGCCUGAAGGUAUCUGUGCAUGUGCCCGUGUGGGGGGCUCUUCCAGUGGCCGAGCGGGCGUGUGCUAGGCCAGGCCUCCUUUUCCCCACAGUAGGGCAACACAGCCUCUCCCCUCUCCUCUCGCAUCCCCAGGCAGGGCCUCCAGGCCUCGGGAUGCCCGUUUGUGCUGGGGCUCAUGGCAGCCUCUGUUCCAGAGUUCCUUCUUGUCCCCAGAAGCCAUGUGGCCUCAUGUCCGGUGCAGAGAACAC